AUGAGCGAGCUGAGGGGCAGACUGGCAUCGGUUGCCUACGACAUACCCGCACAUGUCAGGCAGGGCAGCAGGACGACGAUUGCGGAUCACGAAAAGUCGAAAAUUCUCGAAGGGGACUACCCAGCUCUUCGCACGGGUGUCGUCGCUGCGCGGAUGGCACUGUUUGGCUCGGAUGCCGACGGAUUGCCGCGAAUCGAUGCGUGGCAGGACACGGUCAUCACCCUGGCCAAGGCGUUGCAAGUCAACGAAGAUCUCGCCAGCGACGUCUGCAAUUACCAGGCGUCGCUCGUGUGCGCGGGACUGCGCGAUGCACAGGUUCGGGGCCGCAGCCGGGCAGGACGCUGCCACGUCCUACCUUCGGCAAUGCUCGCGUUGCUGUCGGUGGUGCCUCUGCUCCUCGCGGUUCCUGGUGCCGUCGUCUUCUCUCCCAUCCUCUUCCUCGCCUGGCGGAAGCACCGGGCCACGAUCCAGAAGGCCGCGCCGUGCAGAAGUUCUCUGACACCGACGAAGCAACAAGGGACGAGAUCCGGAAGGCGUUUAGGGAGCAGCUUGGGCGGGAUCCGGAUGUCGAGGACCUGCCCAGGGACGAGGACAUCGUUCGUCGGCGUCGGAACUUUGACACGAUCACGGGCCGCGGGAAGGGCAUCUUCGCUGUGUUCUACUUCUUAUUUCUGGAGUGUGUGUGUCUGCUGCUGGGCUUCUUCCGCGUGGGUAGGAUGGCGGAGCUCGUGCAUGUGA